CGUGUGUGUGUGAUAAGAAGUGGGGGGGCGCCAGAGACCCCGCCGCGUUUUGACCCCCGAAACGACUCCCGAUCUCCAGCAUCGCUCCCGCCUCCAUUCGGCUUUUAAACCGGGCCCAGUGCUCGCCUCGCAGACGCACACACACUCACUCACACACACACGCGUAUCCAUUUACAGCUUGUUGUCUCGGUCCAUGGAUGUGGUGAUACACCGAGCAGAUCGCCCGCCACACUAUCGCCGCGAUUUGCGUCUGUCCAGCCCGCUAAGCAGCACCGAGUGACCGCGGAACAGCUUGAACUAGAGGGACGGGAAGACAGACAGAGAGAGAGAGAUUGAGAGAGCGGGAGAGAGAGAGAGAGGGAUCCUCGCGCCUGAAGUGAUUGUGACUGGUGUUCUGUCCCGGACUGCCGGAUCGGUGUGUGUUGUCUUCCGCGAGAAGAGCGCGGCUUUCCGUGGCGCAUGGAGAAAAGGUAUGAAGAUCUCAUCCAGUACCCAGGGUCAGAGGUCAUGCCCAUGGGCGGCUAUGGGGAGGCGAUGAGGUCACUACCACCGCCUCACUAUGGUCAUGGCGCUCCUGAUUCUCUUAAACACUACCGUGAUCAGAUCUACGGCCACCCUCUGUUUCCACUCUUGGCACUGGUGUUUGAGAAGUGUGAACUGGCAACAUGCUCACCACGUGACUCCAGCUCACUGUCAAAUCCGUCCCAUCAUCCCAGCAUGACAGGUCAUAGCGACGUCUGCUCUUCCGAAUCAUUUAAUGAAGACAUCGCAGCCUUCGCCAAACAGAUCCGUUCAGAAAAACCGAUUUUUUCAUCAAAUCCAGAACUGGACAAUUUGAUGAUCCAGGCCAUCCAAGUACUACGCUUUCACCUACUAGAGCUAGAAAAGGUUCAUGAUCUGUGUGAUAACUUCUGUCAUCGCUACAUCACCUGUCUUAAGGGCAAAAUGCCCACUGAUUUGGUGUUAGAGGAUCGCGACUCCGGAUCCAAAUCCGACAUGGAGGAUUUCACCGGUUCUUGCACGAGUCUUUCGGAGCAGAAUCAGUCCUGGUUGCGAGACACAGAUGACUGUUUGUCAACGCCGUCAGGAACCCCGAGCGCCUCUUGCGGCCUCGCCGCGCACAGUGUAGAUGCAUGCAGCGACGCAGGAGAUGGACUGGACGGCGCGGUAGCGUCUCCUAGCACAGGAGAAGAGGACGAGACAGACCGAGACCGACGAAACAACAAGAAACGAGGCAUUUUUCCGAAAGUGGCAACCAACAUCAUGAGGGCUUGGCUCUUCCAGCACCUAUCACAUCCAUACCCUUCCGAAGAACAGAAAAAACAACUCUCUCAAGACACAGGACUCACAAUCCUUCAGGUCAACAACUGGUUUAUAAAUGCCCGACGUAGAAUAGUCCAGCCCAUGAUUGACCAGUCAAAUCGCUCAGGUCAAGGUGCACCAUACAGCCCAGAUGGAGGAGCGUUAGGAGGUUAUGGAUUAGACAGUCAGCCUCACUUAGGCCUUCGAACAGCAGGUCUUCAGGGAAUGCCGUCUCUGCCUGCAGACUACCCCGGAGCACUCUUGCCCCAGCCAGGUUACACCCAUGCGGCUCCGUCACUGCACCCUUACCCCGGCCCCCACCCGGCCAUGUUACUACACCCGCCUCCCCAUCCGCACUCCACCGAGCCUCUAAUUGGACAAGGCCUGGACAUCCAUGCCCACUGAAAUAGGAGGAGGGGAAGGGGCUAACAGGAAACCGGGCUCACACACUCCGAGUGCACUAGUUUCACCUCAGUUACAUGACGGCACGACUUCAUAAACUUUGACACCUUGUCAUGUUAUGACACUAACCCUUUAUAAUCAGUGUCUUAAAAACUGACACAAAACCUUACAUGUCUUUUUUUUAACAUUACAAACUGAUAUCAGAGUCAACACAGUGGUAUGGUUCAGGCUUUUUUUCUACUGCACAAAGUACAGUAUUGGAAAUUUUGGCAACACAAAACUGGAUUUGGAUUUUGCUUCAUCAGCCAAAAUGCUGGGCCAAAAGUCUCCAGCUGUUUAACUAUAGAUAGGCACAAACAAAGAACUAAUGGUACUCGGGGAUGAGCUGUUGCUUAUGCCACACAGUAGUUUGAACAUUUGCCAACAACGCACCGUGCUAUUUCAUAACCUGGGCAAAAGUUUAAUUUCUUUAAAAAAGGUGUAAGCAGAACAAAUUAUUUUACAAAAAUAAGGUAUUUUAUCAAUUAUACUUGGUGCAGUUUACUUGAGAUUCUAUUUAUGUUGCAAUCGUCUAUUGACCAAAUCUAUUUUUACAAUAUCUUUGCCAAUUUGAAAAGUAAAUUAAUGUGCAGCAUUAUUGAUUAGUUGUUAUUGUUGAUAAAAAAAUUGAAUAAUCAAUAACAAGUCUUUUCACACUGUAAUUUUAUUAAUUACAUUUUAUAAUCCCUGUUGAAUUUGUCUGUGACCCUGUUCCUCCUUGGAAAAAAGGGUACUAAUUGUUGUUGUUGUUGGAGUGGUGCACCUUUUAUAUGUAUAAUUUCUUUAGAAUGGUGCAUAUAGCAUAUCCCUAAUUAUGUAGUAAAACUUAAAACUAAAAUUCCAGUCCUUUUUUUAUGUACCUUUAUGUACAAAUCAUUUUAAAGCUACACUUUAUCCAUAUUUUCAGUGAAAGAUACAUAGUAAAGGUAAAAAAAAACAACAACUCAACAAUGUACCCAUUGAUUCAAGGUAUCACAAAAAAUUUAAUUUAAUACUGAGAGUUUUGAACCAUAAUGAUUGUCAUUUUAUGUUUUAUCUACGAAAUUGGCAAAGAAAGUUCUAGAACCCCAAGUUCUAUUGGUUCUUAGUCUGGCUUGUCUGUGUUUUAGAGUGAGCAGUGGAAAAAUACCCAUGCAGCCACACUGCCUGAAUGUUGCAUUUCUCAUAUGUUAACUUAAACACCCAAUUUUGCACGGUACACAUAAAAAUCGUCUGGUUAGACUCAUGUCUUCCUACGGCCUUUCUGCUUCCUGAACUGAAAACCAGGGGCUUCAGAGCCUUUCUGCCUUGCCCAGAGACAGCUCGUCAGGAACAUGAACAGAGGAGCACACCAGAUCAUUGCAGUCUGGUGCUUUCACAACUGUACCAAAAAUUCCUGUAACUGUUUCCUUGUAUCAACGUAUUCAAGCCUUGCCACAAACCCAAAGACUUAAUUGCUGGAUCCGUUCGAUGAAAUGAGAGCUUGAACUGUGAAUAAUUGCUGGGUUCCUCAAGCAGUCCCAUAUGCUAUGGACCAAUCCUUAGUCUUCCCAUAAAGAGGGCAGUUUAACUCCUUGUCCAUUAAUGGCACUCUUGUCAUUUGUAUACCAUAUUUAUUUUAACUUUUGCUUUAAUGUUGAAUCUAUUUUUGUAUUUAUGUCUUGUUGAUUCUGUAUCCCCAAACUUUGAGUUAAUGUUAAUCUUCAAUUUUUUUUUGAAGUUUGUUUUAAGGGUAGCAUCCACCAUGUCCUGACAAGCAAAUGUUAUGUUUGGUGUUAAGGAUCAAACUAGCACAGCUUCUUUGUUUAUCACAUGUUCGUUUAUCUGUAUUGAAAAUUUUUGUUAAACUGUUCAAACAGAGUAAAUUCUGUAAGGAGUUCUGCAAGUAAUGCUGUCGGGUCUGUUUUGUUUGUUAUACAGUGGGAUAUGUUCCUGCCUGUUUUUAAGUAACUUGACUAAUAUUUGAAAGCUAAAAAAGAUCUUGUCUCUCACAUCUGUAAUAAUAAA